GCGGUGUUGUAACCGGAAGAACUGAAUAAGACCAACAGGUAUACAAUCCUGCCCCGGUGUGGGACCGAACUUUUCCGACCUCACCCCCAAAGCCCAGGAUAAGACACAUUGGGGCGUGUGCAUACGAUGCGUAAGCGAGAUCAGUACCUUGUAAGGUUAGCAAGCAAGCAUCAAAGCCUGAUACAAAGUUGAUUUGUACGAUUGACAAGCCGUGAGGUUUGCUCGAGGUGGAUGCUUGAUUCGCUUCACCAAGCAUCAGGAGCGGCGCUGGAUGACCGACCCCCCGUCGUUCCAUCCGCCUCGGCGAGAGGGCUGAGCAUAGGUCGAGUCAUAAGGAGGCACCGGCAAACCAAAAGUCCUGACAAGAUAUGGCGCAAUGCACGGGCAUACGAAUCCGUCGAAGGCAACGAUGGAACCUAGUAUAGUGCCUCGCCAGGGUAUUUGCGCCUCUCAUCGAGAAACCCUGCAGGCGCUUGGGACUUGAGAGAGAGGCGGAAAGAGCUGAUCUCACCAGAGGAGGCGCUCCAUGAACAUCUGCUCUUUGGUCAGCUUUUACAGACCUCUUCUCAGACCUACGAGCAUUCCUUCUAGUCUUCAACUUCGCAAUCCCAUCAUCUCUUUUACCGUGGAUCAUAUUACCUCUACUACUUCAUUCUCAACCAUCUCAGUGCCUUUCCUCUCAUUUGAGCCCAUCGACAAUGGCGAUACAGAAAUUGAACAACGGCAACAUGCCGCCAGCUACGCAAAAGGCGCUGAAAGUCCAAGGGGCAGGGAGUGUCGAAUUGCAAGAUGCCUGUCCUGUGCCACAGCCAAAGAUUGAUGAGGUCUUGGUGAAGGUCGUCUGCAUUGGCAUCAACCCGUUUGACUGGAAAUCACUGGAUAUGUCACCAUCCCCAGGCUCAACUUGGGGCUGUGACUUUUCUGGGCAGGUCGUUUGUGUCGGGACAGAGUGCAAGAAGCACUUCAAGCCCGGUGAUCGAGUUGCAGGCGCAUCUCCGGGCAACAGCGCUGACGACCCUCACAACGGUGGAUUUGCCGAGUAUGUGAGCGUCCCAGAAGCUUUGUUAUUCGACAUACCUUCUUCGAUGGGCUUUGAAGAAGCUGCCACACUAGGGUGCGGUAUGCUCACCAUCGGUCUGUCUCUAUACCACGUCAUGAAGCUCCCAUUGCCGCACGCCAACAAAGCCUCUGGUGACGGCGAGCCUCAGUAUGUGCUUAUUUACGGUGGCGGAACCGCGACGGGCACGUUGGCCAUUCAAGCCGCGAAGCUUUCAGGCAUGAUCCCUAUCACGACCUGCUCGCCACACAACUUUGAGCGGGUGAAGUUGCUCGGUGCCGCACAAGUGUGGGACUACCAUUCGCCGUCCUGCGCUUCCGACAUACGCGCUUUCACAAACGACCGUCUGACGUACGUGCUUGACUGCAUCACUGACAGCGGGAGCAUGAAGAUCUGCUACGGGGCCAUCGGAAGCGAUGGUGGCCGAUAUGUGGGCCUCGACCAGUUUCCCAUCCGUGGGCAUACGCGUCGCAACGUGCGUCCUGACUGGAUCAUCUCCUGGACGGUUCUCGGCAAGCCGAUCAACUGGAAAAAGCCAUAUCGACGAGAUGCUAAGCCAAAGGACAAGGCAUUCGGGGAGCUUUGGGGGCCGAUCACUCAGCGGGUGUUGGAUGCGGGUGAUAUCACGACGCACCCCAUCGAAGUGAGCGACGAGGGACUUGCAGGGGUUGCGAAAGGAGCCGAAAGGGUCAAGUUAGGGAAAGCAGGUGGAAAGAAGUUGGUGUACCGCGUAGCUACGCCCGUAGCAGUCGCAUGAUCGACAGAGGAGUGCCAUCUUCUCGGACCGGGAAACAAGAGUCUGUACCGAGUUAGCUGUGGGUUUGUAGCAAUUGAAAGUCUUCCAUAAGCACUAUCAAGCGCCGAUUGUUCCUCGGGCAAUAAGACGUGAAUGGAUGCGGUCUCACUAGGAUGGCGUCAACAAGUUCUGGAAGACAUCCUGGCCAGCAUGGGACGAGGGGGUGUCGUGAUGAGAAGAAAGGCGAUGAUGGG